GACAGACUGGUCUGCAGCAGGAUACCAUAGAUCAAUGGAAGCAAGUGCAGCCACAGAUGUUGAUAAAAUCAGAGAUGACAACCGGUCAUCUCCUCCACCAAUCACAUCCCUCCGUUGGCUUGAGGAUGAGGGCGAUUUGAAGAUGAAGGACUCUAUUUAUCAGAUCUGCACAGCAACCAUCCCGCCAUACAUCGCUUGACUUGUUGGAGUUUGCCAGAUUUGGGACAAACUCGGGUUCGGGGUUUGUGAAGAUGCUUUGCUCUCAGAUGAAGGUGCUUGUUGUGGCUUUGUGCUCCUCCAUGCUGGCGCUCCACGUCAGCUCUGCUCCACAAAUGGAUGAACUCACGGAAACCCUACAAGCAGAACUGAUCAGUGAUAAGGAUCUAACCGGCUUGCUCUUGCUGAGGCUCAUGUCUGAACUGACGGCGUCCAGAGGAGAAGAGAUGCUCCGCGAGCAGCAGGAGGAGGAGGAGGACGAACUCGGAGGCAGGCAGAGGCUGAUGAGACGACACAUCCGCUUCACCCACCGAGAGCGCAAGGCAGGCUGCCGAAACUUCUUCUGGAAGACUUUCACCUCAUGUUAGUAUGAGACGCAUUGGGACCUCUAAACGUGGAAUAAUUAC